AUGCCUCCUCCCACCCCCUCCCCCAAAUUUCAAGGCUGGCUCGGCCUCGACAAAUCCGCCGCCGAAGGCAACAUGGUCUGGCAACAAUUCCCCAACCCAAAGACCUGGCAAGAAACCGACGUCGAGAUUGAGAUUACGCAUUGUGGGAUCUGUGGCAGUGAUAUCCAUACGUUAAGGAGUGGGUGGGGGCCGACUCCAUAUCCGGUGUGUGUGGGACAUGAGAUCGUAGGCAAAGCCACCCGCGUCGGCUCCAAAGCCACAAAAGGCCUCAAAGUAGGCGACCGCGUCGGCGUCGGCGCCCAAAACUCCUCCUGCCUGCGCCCAGACUGCGAAGACUGCGCUUCAGGCUUGGAGAACCACUGCGUCCGCAGCGUCAACACCUUCGCGGACAAAUACCCGGACGGCUCCCAGUCCUACGGCGGGUACGCAGACUACCACCGCUGCCCGUCGCACUUCGUCUUCAAGAUCCCCGAGGCGAUCGCCAGCGAGGACGCGGCGCCGAUGCUGUGCGGGGGGAUUACGGUCUACUCGCCCCUGCGAGAGAACGGCUGUGGUCCGGGGAAGAAAGUCGGGAUCAUAGGCGUGGGCGGACUGGGGCAUUUCGGGAUCUUGUUCGCGAAGGCGCUGGGCGCGGAUCGCGUGGUGGGGAUUUCGCGGCGGGGGGAUAAAAAGCAGGAUGUGCUGGCUAUGGGCGCGGAUGCGUACAUCGCGACGGAGGAGGAGAAGAAUUGGCACAAGACGCACGCGCGCAGCCUCGAUCUGAUUAUUUGUACCGUCUCCUCGCCCAAGAUGCCGCUGAGUCGGUAUCUCUCCCUGCUCCGCACGAAGGGGACGUUCAUCCAGGUCGGCGCACCGGAGGAUAAACUCCCUGAGAUGUCGGCUUUUCACUUUAUUUCCAAGGGGGUGAAGAUUGGCGGGAGUAUGAUUGGGAGUCCCGGGGAGAUUGAGGAGAUGUUGCAACUGGCGGCGGAGAAGGGGAUUAAGCCUUGGAUUAUGCGGUAUCCGAUGCGGGAGGCGAAUAAGGCCGUGGUGGAUUUUGAGAAGGGCGUGCCGAGGUAUAGGAUUUGUUUGGUGAAUGAGGGGAAUGUUGAGAAGCAGCGGCUGGGGAGUUAA